AAGCAUCAUUAUACCCGAUUCCUAUGCCACAUGCUAUGCACAAACUUGAAGUACCCGUACCAUCCCCAAGCAUGUGUGGACGCCCUCCACCUGAUUUAUCGGAAUCUGGUCGAGUCUGAUGUGCAACUCAGAGACUUUGAUACCCAUCUUUAUGUCCUCCGCACUGUGCGCAUUCAUGCAGCCGACAUCCGCACGCACCGUUUGGCUGUCGUCGUCCAGUUUGUCGUGCUCAAAAAUCUCCGUCCGCGUUUGUCAAAAUCGGUGGAUUUGGCGGAAUGGGAGCAAUUGCCGAGCAUCUUCAGCGACGAAGCCUGGUUCCGCCCCGUGCUCGGCCUUGACAACAAGAGGGGGACGGAAAUUUACGAGUGUGCAUGUGUGGGUGUUGUGACCACUUUCCUCGAGCAGUGUGUCGCCCGGAGUCCGGAUCAAACGGAGCGCGACCUGGACUUUGAGACGCUCAAAUCGGUACACAGAUUUGCC